GGGUUCAUAACAUAAAUAGACGUCUUGCUUUCUUCCCUCUGCAGGGGAAGUGAUUUCUGUAAUUGGCGGCGCGGUGUGAUUGGCAACCAAGACUCUGAGGGGGCGUUGAAGGAGGAAGCUCGUCCUCUGUCUGGUGUGCGAACACGAGCCUUCUCGCCUCCUUUUUCUCUCUUUCUGCUCGUUCUUGUUCCUGCUAGGGAAGGAGAAGAUGGCUUACGCAGGAAAGUACGCUGAUGAGCUGAUCGCUACGGCGAAGAAGAUUGCCACUCCCGGUAAGGGUAUCUUGGCAGCCGAUGAGAGCACGGGCACUAUUGGCAAGAGGUUGGCUAGCAUCAAUGUGGAGAACGUGGAGUCGAACAGGAGGGCACUGAGGGAGUUGCUGUUCACCGCUCCCGGUGCUUUGGAAUAUAUCAGCGGUGUAAUUUUGUUUGAGGAGACGCUCUUCCAGAAAUCCGCCGCCGGCAAGCCCUUCGUUGAUAUGUUGAAGGAAGCGGACGUGGUGCCCGGCAUCAAGGUGGACACCGGUGUUGCUGCCCUUGCAGGCACCAACGGCGAGACGACAACGCAAGGCCACGAUGGACUGGGUGCCAGGUGUGCUAAGUACUACCAGCAGGGCGCUCGCUUCGCGAAGUGGCGUGCCGUGCUGAAGAUCGCUGACGGAUGUCCUUCUCCUCUGGCCGUCCAGUCCAACGCCGAUGGGCUGGCCCGUUAUGCGUCUAUCUGCCAGGAGAACGGUCUGGUGCCAAUCGUUGAGCCGGAGAUCUUGAUCGAUGGCUCGCACGACAUCGAGAAGAGCGCCGCUGUGACGGAGAAGGUACUGGCUGCCGUGUACAAGUCUCUGAGCGAUCACCACGUGUUGCUGGAGGGAACGCUGCUGAAGCCCAAUAUGGUGACGCCGGGAUCGGAUGCUGCCAAGGUCGCACCGGAGGUUGUUGGCAAGUACACGGUACGAACCCUGCAGAGGACCGUUCCCGCCGCUGUGCCAGGGAUCAUGUUCCUUUCGGGUGGACAGAGCGAGGAGGAGGCGACGCUGAACCUGAACGCCAUGAAUGCGUUGGAGGCAACGAAGCCGUGGACGCUGUCCUUCUCGUACGGUAGGGCUCUUCAAGCCAGCACGCUCAAGGCGUGGGGAGGCAAGGUCGAAAACUUGGAGGCGGCUCAGAAGGCCUUCUUCACCCGUGCCAAGGCCAACGGAGAGGCUACUCUUGGCAAGUACACCGGUGCCGCAGUUGCUGACGGAGCCUCUGAGAGCUUGCACGUGAAGGAUUAUAAGUAUUAGAGGCGCAGAGAGAGAGAGAGAGAGAGAGAGAGAGAGAGAGAGAGAGAGAGAGAGAGAGAGAGAGAGAGAGAGAGAGAGAGAGAGAGAGAUUAGGUUAUAGGGAUCGAUAGGGAUAUCAACAGGAGUGCUUCAUGAUUAUUGAGUCUCUCAUGAUGGUUUUUCGGAUUGAGGGCAAUGAGAGACUUGGUCUAGUUAGAAGGCGAAUGGGUGUUUUUUUUUUAAAGUAGGACUUAGGGAAGUCGCUAGGUACUAGCGACCGGGAGAAAUGCAAAUCCGCUUGAGAGAUCUAGGUGCGGUGCACGCGCGGUGCUAGUAUAUAUGAUAUUAAUGGAAAAUAACUUGUGAUGAAGACUCCUGCAAGAUACUGAGAAGUGCGUCACGCUUAAUCGUUUGUAU